AUAUCAAUAACCCGGAAGCUAAUGUCAAAAUCGCGGGAAGUGUAAAUGUUGCCAGGCAAGCAGAUUAUUGUAUGGCUUCCUUCUUCUGCUAUUUUUUGCAAACUUGACUUUUCAUUGAUUUCCCUUAUUCCCUGUGGCCUGAUGCUGCAACCAUGUCUGUUGACAUGGCAUCAUCAAGAGCGAAGAACCAGUGCCAGACUGAAGAGGCUCUAAACAGCAGUGGGUUGCGACAGUACCAUCUCCGGAGGAUAGGACCGCCAGCCACCAAGCAAGGAGUUGCAGAUGUUAUGGACUUGAGUAAGGUGACAUCUCUGAUUGGUCGAAAUCGCAAUCAGGUGGACUUUCUCCUGGACUCUUCCAACCCUGUCACCAGUCAGUAUAUUUCCCGACUGCAUGCAAGGAUUGUCAGGCAAUCUGAAAACUUUCAUAGACUUUACGAUGACAGUCUCAAUGGGAUAUUUAUCAACAAUGCAAAAAUUCAGGGGAGCGUCGUUCUUCAAGAAGGGGACAUAAUCACGUUUGGUCACCCUCAUGGAGUGAGACUGGCGGCCGGCGUGUGGAUGCGACAGCCCGACUCUGAGUACCAGUUUAUCUUUGAGCAGUGCUCCUGCUUUGAGACUUCAAGGAAAGAAAAGUCAGGUGUUCUAGAGGACAAGAUUAACAUUCCUCAAGUCGGUACAAGUGUUCCACAAACGCCGGUGAAACCAACGGCAACGUUAGACUCGGAAGCCGUCCUGUCUGCCAGCAAGAUCCUGGACAAAUGUAUCACCACCAUAUCUGGACUGGCUGAGUCGCUGGGAGCCAAUCCGACAACGCCGCAGGGCAAGUCCGUCGUGUCUGCGAGAGGAUCUACUGCGUUUCCAAGUCCAAAAGCUGCGGCCCAGAGUAGUGUGGCAAGUUCUGACGGGCAGUCUGCAGGUGUAGAUGCUUCUGAGGAGCAAAACCAGAGAAGAAUCACCGAAUUCUUGGACAGAAGUGUUCGUCUUGAUACGUCCAGCGUGUGUGAAAAUACUUUUGUCAGUAACGAGUCGAUGUGCUGUGAGGACUCCUCGAUGAAAUCCCCGCUCCGUCCCGGUGUCCACGUUACAACAGUACCUUCGUCAUCUCCCGUUCCGUCCUCCAACUUGCUCAGGCCGCCAAAUCUUUGCCAGAACUCACCAGCCACAGUUCACAACGAUUGUCGUGCAAACACGCCCUCGGAGACAGACACAAAAUUGAAGAGAGGUGUUGACGUUUUUGUCCAAGUAGCGAAAAAAUCUGAGGAUAAAGAAUGUCAGUUUACGUUACCCAACAGUGAAGCUCGUGUACCUCUGAUCGAAUCGAGUGCAGACAAAUCGAGCCGUAAUAGUUCUUCAGUUGGUGCUACUCCCCCCUGUAAAAGUCUUCCUGAUGAGCCAACAGUUUUCACCCAUCUUUGUGCUUCACCUCCAGCACCGUCCUCAAAACAUGGACUUAGUUCACCUCCGAAAAGUGAUUCGACAACUGUUCCUUUAAAUCGAGUUGAUAAAAAUGUCGAAUGUUCAAUCCAGCCUUUAGAGAUCGGCACUGAUUCAUCGGGCAAAACUCUUUGCAGUGACGGUAUUAUUACACAGAUGAAACCGUCCAAAGACAGAGAAACUGACGCUGCUUGUGAUAUCGUGAAUGUUGGCCCCGAAUCUUGCAAAACUUUGUAUGUGUACAGUGAAGAGAACAAAGAACAUUCUGAGCUUGUAGAAAAAGAAAUUGACAGCUCAUCUACUAGUAGAGAUGGGAGCAAACAGGAAGACACUGGUGGCAGGAACAUAGGCGAUGACGUCAUUUCUGUCGUGCACAGCGAGCAAGAGGAGCGUUUCAGAAAUGUUCAUUCACAUGCGGGAAAUAGGAAAGCACAGUUCUUACCGGUCACAAGUACAGAAAAUGUUCUCGAGCCUGAAGAAAAUGAUGCUGAAGUGUCACCGUCAUUGACAGGUGCUGAAGUGUUACCGUCAGUGAUAGAUAGGGAAGUGUUACCGUCAGUGACAGAUAGGGAAGUGUUAACGUCUCUGACAGAUAGGGAAGUGUCACCGUCACUGACAGAUAGGGAAGUGUCACCGUCACUGACAGAUAGGGAAGUGUCACCGUCACUGACAGAUAGGGAAAUGUCACCGUCACUGACAGAUAGGGAAGUGUUACCGUCACUGACAGAUAGGGAAGUGUUACCGUCACUGACAGAUAGGGAAGUGUUACCGUCGGUGACAAAUGCUUACGUCAGAAAUGUUCAACUUAAUGCACUUCCUAAAAACAAUCUGAACGUUUAUUCGGCAGAAAGUCACCUCGUUACAGCUGCUGAAAUUGUUGAAAGUUCAGCAGCUUUUGUUGUGGACUCAUCUCCGUCGUCAGGCUCAGGUGUAGGCCCUGACUCUCAGCUCUCAGAGCAGCUGGGAAGUAACGCUCAAAGUGACCGUCUGGCGUCUGUACUGCCGGGAGAAAGUUGUCGACCUGAGCCUCAUUCUUCGGGACAGCUUGGUGGUGACAGCAACAGAUGUGGAACUGAGCAUCAGAUGUAUGAAGUGAUAGAAAGCUGCAGUCAGUACGACUGGCAGACACCUGAAUUGUUUGGGAACAGCGGUCAAAGUGACCGUCAAUCAUUGGAACAGCCAAGUAGUCAAAGUGACCGUCAGUCAUUGGAACAGCCCAGCAGUCAAAGUGACCGUCAGUCAUUGGAACAGCCCAGCAGUCAGAGUGACCGUCAGUCAUUGGAACAGCCCAGCAGUCAGAGUGACCGUCAGUCAUUGGAACAGCCAAGUAGUCAAAGUGACUGUCAGUCAUUGGAACAGCCAAGCAGUCAAAGUGACAGUCAAUCAUUGGAACAGCCAGGGAAUAAUAGUCAAAGUGACCAUCAGGCUUUGGAACCGCCAAGCAGUCAAAGUGACCAUCAGUCAUUGGAACAGCCAAGCAGUCAAAGUGACCAUCAGUCUUUGGAACAGCCAAGCAGUCAAAAUGACCAUCAGUCAUUGGAACAGCCAAGCAGUCAGAGUGACCAUGAGUCUUUGCAAAAAGCGGGGAGCAGCAAUCAGGCUGACCACACCAGUGUAGUAGAGUGCAACGCUGAACAUCAUGAAGAAAUUGAGGAUCAUGGUUCACAUGCACCCAAAUUGAUGAAACCUGACUUGGGCGAAAAUACAAUGGAACCUGAUUCAGACUCAAAUGCAAUGCUUUUUGAUGACAACACAGCUCCAGUGUGGAUUAAUGAACCUUCUGUCUCUUCCUGUACCGGUAGCAAUAAUGUCCUUCCCCCGACCACAGUCUGCGUUUCCGAAGCACCAGGGCAAAAUGAUGUCAACGGUGGUUCUGUGGAUACUGUUGUCAGUAAAGUCAUGUCUGCUUGCAAAGAACUUUCCGUACAAUGUCAACGGUCAGUUGAUGUGAGGGACAAAAGUGCCAGUGUGCACGUUGAAUUUUCUGAUGAAGAUGAUGCUCGAGAUGCUGAUUUCUCAUCUAGCAAAGUUAGUGUAGAGCAUGUUAUUCUCAAUCUUCUGAAUAGUCAAGAGGAUGAGGAGGAGAUUCCGAAUGUGGCGACUAGCAGUGAAAGUGGUCAGAUUCAAACUAUGUCACCUGCAGAUGAUAAAGAAGUGGAAAAACAUGACAGUAAUCAAAAGAUUAAUAACAAUUCUAACCAAGGGUUUCCUGAAAAUGCUUUCGUGAAUGUCAGGAACUUCUCUAUGAAUGCUACAGAAAAGAAUUUAAGUGCAGAAAAUGAGGAUUUACUUGUUGGUGGUUCUGGAGCCUUGAAAGCAGUUGAUGUACCCUCAGUGCGAGGUGAAGACUUUGGUAAGACCCAUCUUCCAGUACACGACGAAGGUCUUGAGGGUAACACUUGUACUGACAACUGUGGUGCUUCGGGAGAAAAAAUGAUUGAAAUCCCACAGCAAGUGACAGAUGGGGACGUUUUGUCAGGUUAUCGUGAAGCUUUGGCGGGAGGAGCUAGUGGAAAAAGUACUUCAGUAGUUAAUGACACUGUUUUACAUAGAGGUGCACGUAUUUCAGGUGAGACAGCCGCAGCGGAGAAUGGUGAAGUCUUUGUUGAGACAGGCUCAGUUUCAAAGGGCGAGUCUGAAGAUACAACAAGUAUUUCUAUGUUUGUUUAUUCACAAGAAACUAAAAUGGACGAGAGCAAUCCAACAACAUUGGUGGAGACAGAUGAUGAGACAAAUCUUGCGACUAAAAAGACUGAUGCGAACAAGAAGGAAGAUCUGAUAAAGACAACUGAUCAUGCCGAAGGGGAGCGCAGGGAAAGUCUUGAUAUUACAGAGAUUGUUGACAAUGACAACACUGUGGUUAUUGUUGGUGAAGGAAAUGAUGAAAAUACGGAAGCUGUAAAUGUGCCGGAAGAAAAUGAUGAAAAUACGGAAGCUGUAAGUGUGCCGAAAGGAAGUGAUGAAAAUACGGAAGCUGUAAGUCUGCCGGAAGAAAAUGAUGAAAAUACGGAAGUUGUAAGCAUGCCGGAAGGAGGUGAUGAAGAUAUGGAAGCUUUGAGUGUAUCCUCAGAUGUUUCAAAAAUGUCCUGUUAUGUCACAAGUACCCCUGUUGAGAGUGCAGAGGGGGCAGCUGUCAAGAGUGAACUGGCUCUGUCUGGCCUAAGUCCUGUCCAGGAAUGUGGCAGUGAAUCUGAGAGUUCUCCUCCCACGACCAACGACAACACUCUCGUCAUUGACGCAUCGCAGGAAGUGACCUUGUCCAGGAGAACUUCGCAAGGCUUUGAAAUAACGUUAGGAGCUACUGAUGAUGCGUUCCUUCAGAGGGACUUUCAGAAUAAUACUUCAGACGUUACCUCAGAUUUAUGCUCGGUUAAAGAUAUGAAUGGAGAGGAUGAUGUUGUCAAUACUAACACAGAUUUGAGCCCAAACUCAUGUACACUGACAAAACAUUUGCCUGCAGAUGAAGGUGGAAAGCUGCCUGGAUUAGAUGUUACGGCUUGUCUUUUGGGGACUCCGAACAAUGAAAACGAUGGUAUCAUGCAAAAUGAGGAGAAUGAGUUCAAUUUGGACACCACCGUAAGCACAAACCAAGUUCAAAUAAAUAGUGAGUGUCAAGUCGCUGACGCUACUCAUGAUUUUAACAUUGAAGGUCAAACAGGGUUGAUGGAAAUGUCCCAGGACGUGACUUUGGAUAACGAAGAGAAAGCUGUCUCAACUUUGUCUGAGGGUAACAAGGGUGUUGAUUGUGACGGUGAUGAAUCCAAUUUUCCCAGUGGACAAGCAGGUAGUCUGGUCGAUAUUCUUUCACAGAGACCUGCAGGUGAAGAUAUUUUGGGUGUGGAAAGUGAUCACAGAGACAGUGGUGGUAGAAACACUGGUGAGAAAGUAGAAAAUAACACAAGUUUUGAGAAGAGCAGCCGUGUUGUGAGUGUGAAGGAAUGUCGAGAGAAAGUGAAAAAAAAUGUUUCACGUGUUGAAACUCGUAAAAGUGGUCGUGCAGUUCUACAGAGAUUAAAAACUACCACUCAUCGUGGCAAGGAAGGGCGAGGGAUUGUCGCUGAAUUAAGUCGUAACAGCAAAGGUGCUUCAGCCAAAAAGGCAGAAUUUUCAAGCAAUUGUUCUGGCAAUGCGGAUGAAGAGAUGAGACGGAUGCGAGAAGUCGUGGCAACAAAUUACAACGUGCAGUUCAGUGUUGAUGCAGAUAUGAGACUGCUUCGAGAAGUCGUCACAACAAAUUAUAAUAUGGUGCUGGGCCCUUCCAUUGGCACCUACUCUGAGAAAGAAGAAUUUUUGUGUGGGGAAAAUAAUUGUGAAAGGGUGAAAGAAUGUGCAAACAACCCCACAAGGGACAGUGAAGAAACUGAUGACGCAGAUCACAAAGAACAGAAAAGACAAUGUGUACUUGCUUCCGUGGAAAAAGACCCGAGCCAGUCAGCUGGUCAUCCACUUUGUAAGAAGGAUUUGGAGCCGGGUUUGUCGAGUGACCAGGCUAAAGGUGAAGUAGGAGCAACAGAACAACCGUCCAUAGAUAGUGUCCGACACCCGGACUCUUUAGUAGGUGAGGUUGUCAAUGCAGAGAUGGAGACAUUAACUGUUGAUUGUGGUGAAAGGGUGGGAAGAGAUGAAAUGAAACGGCUUGGUGGACUUGAGACUGCUGCUAUGAAGGAACCCAAAAAAUUAUUCACAGAAGAACUCAAUAACGUUGAUGAUGAUGAAGUCAACAGUGCACUCAAGUCAGAAGAAAAGAGUUGUCUUAGUCAUCACACGCAUGCUGUAUCGGAUGAAAGUGGCAAGAUGAUUUGUGAUUCAGUUGGAGAAUCGGUGGAGCCAGAUGAUCAGGUGGCAGGAGAAUGUAGCAGUGAGGAGAUACCUAUUCAAGGUGAUAUCUUUGCCUUGAGAACAGAGAAUGGCUCGGAUGUUCGGUGGCCUUAUGGAUCUGAGACUGGGCCGUCUCAGAGUGACUCCGCACAGAAGUUAGACACUGAUGACACCUGUAAACUCACUGAUGAUACCUCUAAGCUUGCUGAUACCUCUAAACUCACUGAUGAUACCUCUAAGCUCUCUGACGAUACCUGUAAACUCACUGCUGAGAAUUGUAAGCUCGCUGAUGAGAACUGUAAGCCCGCUGAUGCUGUGCCCGAGUCGUUCCCCGAGGACAGUGAAGCCGCCAAACAUGUCGACGGUAGCUCUCAAGUACAGUCCACACCUGAAUUGUUCAGCCAGAGUUGUCCCUCCUCAGAAAGUGACACGGAACGAGGUGUGACAUCUUCUUCUGUAGACAAUGCUGAGUCCAUAGAGAUGGCAGCAUGUGUGUAUGAUGAUGUUGUUGUUGUUGAAAGUGAAACGAUAAAUUUUAAUACAAGCAGAAAUAACACAGUAUCUGAUCAAGAUGAUUCCCGCAUUGAGUGCAAGCAGCUGAAGGAAUCGGAGACUGUUGAAUUGUUGACCUCAGGAGCUGAAGUAACCUCUAGCUACCAAAACGAAAACCCAAGACGUGAUGAUUUGACAAACAUGACACUUUCUUGUGUGGAAGAAAGUGGUGACCCAGCUGUCCGUAAAGAUGAUUUCAUUAAAGGGCUUGGCUUACUUCAUGUCGGUGACACUCCAGUUAGUGAAAGCUCUCCUCCAAUUUUUCUUACUCAAGGCUUCUUAGAAACAUCGUCACUCAGUCCAUCAUAUGUAUUGCCCCUCGAAGAGAACUCUGUUGAACCUAAGCAAAAUGAGAAUAUUAUGCCUAUUCCAGUGGAAGCUAUCUCUGUGCAUUCACAUUCUUCAGAGAAUGUUUCCAGAUCUAUUCAGAUUUCUGGAGAUAGGGAUGAAAGCAGUGGUGACGAGAAUGCACAUGUUUUCAAUAAGGAUGAAAGCAGUGGUGACGAGAAUGCACAGGAUGAAAGCAGUGGAGACUUGGACGCUCAUGUUUUCAAUAAGGAUGAAAGCAGUGAUGACAAGGAUGCACAUGUUUUCAAACUUCCCGCUCUCUCUACUUUGGAAAAUGUGAGCUCUGACAAAAGCAGCGUCUCCCCGGGGGAUGGGAGUGACCAAUCAGACUCACAAGUGUCGGAAGUAUCGGAUGAGCAGCGGUCAGUGACCAGUGGAAUCAGUGAUUUUGCCGAUGAGGAUGACCUCAACCUGGUAUUUUCUCAAGCGGAAUCCAGCACAGAUACAGUAGAUCUCCAUUCAGACAUUUUGUCUGAUUUUUCCUUCCCUGUCAUUUUCGAAGAAGAUGAUGAAGAGGCAAAGAGUGAAGUUUUAGGUGAGACUCACAAUGAACAAAAAGACCACGCUCACAGUAACCCUCUUGGUGAAAAGCUGUUGACUUCUGAAACUACUGAAAGUGCUAACCUUAGUAUUGUUGAUCCAAAUGCAGUCAGUUUGAAUAAUUCUCUAACUUCAGACGAGAAAGUUGAAGAUUUUGUUGAAUCUGAAAAUUGCAUUACAACUGGUAUAGGCUCAGCUGUGAAAGAGAGUGGCGUGUCAGAUGGGGAGAUUGUAACAGAAUUUGACGCAGAUGCAAGACAAGAUAGAAGAAGUGAUGUUGAGGAAAACUCUAAAAGUGGCAGUUUGAAAAGUAAUGUGGCUUCCCACUGUGAAAGUUUAUGUGAUUUGGAAAACAGCAGUAGGACUGCAGCUCAAGACCCGAGUAACAGUGGACACAGUGAAGACCGGAGUAACAGUGGACAAAGUGACCCUGUCUCUGACAGUCCAGGGAGAAUGAAUCCCAGAGAAAUGUGUACAGCUGAUGUUGCUGGGGUCGUGUGGGAGGAAAAUUCGACUCGCGAAACAUAUCAAAUGUCAGAAAAACUUAAUGAAAUUACACAUGUUGAAGAUCAGUCUGAUCAUUUGUCCGUUCUAACGGCUGGAGGGGAAACUACUGAACAAAGGUCUGAGGUUAAAAGGGACAGUCAGAGAGAUGAAUGCUGUUCGGGUCUUUCUGAUUGUGUGGAAAACUGGACAAAGCCAGAAGCUGAGACUGUGGAUGCUUCAUCUGACAGGUUAGACGGUGGACAGUGUGAAAGUGUUGCUGUACAAUCUAAGGGCGAACUUGUAGAAUGCAAUGUCGGUGUCGGAGAAAUCCAUCCUGUAGAUUCAGGUUAUGGAACAACAGAAUGUCUUGACAAAAGUGCGGACACUGAAAGUGAUGGUAGACGUGUUGGUGAGGAUAGGACAGGGAAGGAGAGGAAUGAUCUGCAAACGGUGCAAACCUGUGAGGAUGAUGGUGCUGAGAUGCGCUCAAAUACUGAAGCCAGCAGUGGGGGUUGUUGUAGUAAAAACGAUGGUGUUGCUGAUAGUCAAAGGACAUCUUUCAAAAUUCUGAGUUGUGAAACGUCCAAUGGGGAAAAUUGUCAAAGCAAUGAUGAACAAACAUUUGAUGAACAAACAUUUGGAGAUAAAGAUCCUCCGGUAGAAAUGUGUAUUAACUUGACCAAAAAUGAAGGGAAAAUGAAGAGGAAAUCAGCAGAGAAUCUUGAAUCACAAGAAAAGAGGGGAAAAUUUGACGAAGGAUCUGAACAUCUUGUCCUAGAGUGUGAAGGACAUGCGGUCACGGAGGAGAGCAGCGCUCAUCUGUACCACAGCCACGUGAACUUGCAGGAGAGUGAAAUCAAAGAAUCAGGGUCAGAAGUCGAAGAGUUGGAAGAAAAACUUCCGUGUUCUAUUGAAGAGAGAAGCAAAAGACAAAGAAGUCCUAACUCUCCAUCAUCUGAGGAGCGAGUUUCUUCUGUAAGGAAACGCUCCAGACCAUCUACGUCUGCUGAUGAAGAGUGGGCGGAUGAUUUCCACGCUGGUGACGAUUUCCAAGUACCAGGACAACAAAAUGUGUCUCAUGAGUUGCCGUAUACAAAAAUCAAAACGCCUCGAUUAGAACGUGUACCAGACAUUGAUGGGACCUCGUGUUCGACGACUAGUCCUACCCAUCAUGCGACAGAAUGCACGGAUAAUCAGGCUCCUUCAGACAUGAGCAGCUCUAAUGUUUGGUCUUCUCCGCCACUGUCAGCGUCUCCGCUGAAGAAGAACAAACAUCCCUUUUCUCUUCCGUCUUUGCCACCAUCGCCAACACCUGAAGAGAAAAUGCAACUGGAAAAUUCUCCCGUCCGAGUCCAGAGGGGCGGGCUGUCUCGUUUGGAGAAUCGUCAGACUCUGUACUCACCGCCUCAGCCUGGCCACCCGUCGGGAACGUCGGCACAUUCGUCGUUGUGGUCGCCCUCUCCGAGCUUGACGAGCAGACGUCAGACGAUGGCCUCGGACGGAGACAGAUUCGUGCGGAGACAGAGACUGCAAGAUGCCGUGCUUCAAGAACUCAUGAGAAUCGAGUCGGACCUCAGCAACUGUCUGGAUGAUGACGACAACGAUCAGGGCACUGAGACGAUGAUGACAAUUCUCGAGGAUCUGGACACAUUACCGAUCAACCCUAGACUGUUGAGUGCCUUCCCACAGGUCAUCGAUACUUUGGAAAAGUGUGAUUCUGACCGGCAGAAUGGAGACGCGCGGAAGCUCUCGCAGAUGAUUUGCUCCCGUUACAAGAACUUGAUACUGAGCUAGUGAAAUGAGCUGCCGGCGAUGCUUUCGACUGGAGCCUGUUGGUUUUGUUGUUGAGAUGUCUGCUGUCUGUUGUAAAGUAAAGGAUAGUGUAUCCUCAGAGAAAGGGGCAGUGGGUGGUUGGCGG